GAAACCAACCCAAAAGUUUGAGAAACACCAGAGGAGAAACCAAGAUGGGCUGGAGUGGGCAUCAGGAAGGCCAAAGGGUCUCAGGUCCGUCCUUCAGCCAAUGGUCUGACUCUGAAAUUAGGAUCUUCCUGAUGGAGUGGGAAGUUGUGGAACAGGAAAUGGGCCACCCAGGCAGGAAGAUCCACAAGAAGACAAGGGCUCUUUGCCAGCGACUCUACCAAAGGGGUCUGAAGAAGAACUGGCAGAGCUGUUUCAACCUACUUGUGAGUCUGCAGAAUCUGCACAGGAUCCUGUGUAGUGAGAGACCCCUAAUAGAAAUGGUAUUUUCUUCUCUUGUGGAGGCCCAGUACAGGGUCCUGGGCCACAGACUCCAGGGAAGCCGCCUCCCAGAACGUCUCUGUGAUUGGGUUGGUAUACACCUCAUUUCAAGGGACCUUCAAUCACCAAUGGCACUGCCAUCUCCCAUGUACCAGCCUUGGGAUUAUGGCAUCUCUGUACCUUCUGGAGAGCCUGAAGUGAACUCAUCACCCAUGAUACUCAGGGAGGAGUCACUGGUUCCCAGAUGGGAUCCUUGGAACCCCUCGUAUCCAUUGACAGUUCCACACCUAUUUCCUGCCUUUUUCCCCGGAGAUGCAAACCCUCACCAGCUGUGUUCAGCUUCUGAUGAGAACCAAGGUCCUCAAUGAAGACAAGUGGAGAGUCUUGUGUUUUCUCUAAGAACAUUGGAAUCUUGUAGUGUUGUGGGUAUAUGCCUUUUCCCCUACCGAAUAAGAAGAAAAAUGUGAAAUGAAAUAAAGGUCUAUAAAGUAA